AUGUCCUCGUCCUCUCCCCCAGCACCUCCCCAUGGCACCGCGCGCUGGACAGCCGUACCGUCAACCCAGAACACCGCGCCUGUCGCCAAGUUUCGAUGUCUCUACACCUACGAUCUUCGACGGAAAGCAAAACGCUGGCACGAUGGCUUUCUUAGAUUCCACACGUUCAACCGAAGAAUCAUGGUCUACGACACCCCGGGAAACUAUAUUGGAGACCAUCAUUGGCGACAAGACGGGGGUAUCCAGGAUGGAGACGAGUUGGAAUUGGAUAAAGGUGUACUGGUCCAGGUCUGCGAGUGCAUUGAGAAGACGCAGACAGACAUAUCCGCGCUGUUUGAGAAGAAAAGAUCGAGCCAGGGUUCGCCGCAGACGAAGGAUCCCUUAACGCAGUCCCGGCCGACUCCUACUACCACGCCGAUGCGUCCGACCCUGGCGAGGUCUUCGCAGACUCCGCGACCUCUUUAUGAUCUGCUAGGUAUCAAGAAGACACCAAUUGGUCGAGCGAUAACUCCCAAAUCACCGUAUGAACAACGUUACCCACCCGCGCGAUCCGUGGAUAAAGGCCAGAAUUCUGAAAGAGCACCCAAGCGCCAGAGGGCACUGCCCCCAGAGAAAGGAAUGCGAGAAAAGGGCUUGAAUGCUGCAUAUCCGAUUCCCAUUGACAUAUCAGAGUCGUCUACUCAUUCCCGGUCCAAGGAAACAUCAAAACCGAAGCCAGCGUUAGGUACCCCGGAAGAAUCUAGGAAAACAUCAGAUACAAUAGAAAUCAUGCCAGAUGCUACUAUCCACAGAGAUCGACUAUCUAAGGACAUCCAGCAACCAAAGGUUCCCUUAAGUAAUGGCAGUACCAGGCAAUCUUCAUUUCGAUCAACUCCCAUCGUCCGUCUCCCCGAGGAACCGGUUAAUACGCUGCGAAUAUCCAAUGAAAAGCCCCGGAGGAAAUUAAUGUAUCGGGCACUAUUACCUACUAAGGGCCAGGGAUCACCAUCGUUGUCGACAACAACAACAACAGCUAAAACCAACAACAUGACUAACAAACCCAUGGACUCGGAUGAGAUCGAAACUCAGAUGGAAGCACAAGCUAUGCAACCAAUCGAAUCACAGAUUUCAGACCUUGAUCCCUUUGACGAGACUCUAUUCGUCUUCAACGAAGUUCCAGAUCAUCCAAUACCUCAGACUAUAUCCACAGACCUACAGAGAAUAUCUAAUUCCUGCUCAAGGAAUAAAGAAAAACAGUCUACUAUUAUUCCUGCCAUGGCAAGGCCUGCAAGACAACCUGCAAUUUCCAAUACCACCGAGCGGGAUUCAACAGAAUGCAUGCCAGCAGACAAAACUAUCAAUAAUAAGAUACAACACCGGUUAAACGAACAUUCUCCCACCGUGCAAGUGAAGCAAGAACCACAAUCGACCCCUACAAUAUCAGGAGCAUCGCUGCAAAGGUCAGCAGUAGCACCAACAACAAGGACAACAGUGAGUGCUUACUGCGCACAAUCCAAUCAGAUACCAGUACCAAUACAGAAGCCGUUACAGAAGGUCCUCCGCAAGUCAUUUUCUGAUCCGUCAUCCUUGGCUGCUGGUGAUAUACGUCCUUGUCCUCUUGUCAGUCAUAAUAGCCACGAUAUUGUUCGUAAUGUUCAUAGUCAUGAUGAUAAACUCGAGCCAGGCAGAGUACAUGGCGUGACUGAAGAACAAGGGCCGUGGACCUCAGAGGCACUGGAUCUGUUUGACUUCUGGCCCCCUGGGAGACCGAAACCGAGUUGA